AUGCUCCUUCGUUCCUCGUCCAAAUUGCCGCCUAACCUUAGUUAUCGACGCUCCAUCCUUCCUUCCUCACUUGUCAUCUUCUCUAUCUCUUCACUGUUUCCAUCUCCUUCCAUCUCGGGUCAUGUCUUCACAAAUUCGACGAAAAGAACUAGGGCUUUGAACCACAUCUCAAUAAAUGUAAUUAAGCUUUUCUUUUUUGUACUUCAACGGUUCUUUUCCUUACAAUAUCUCCAGAAGUUGAUCCCGAAGCUUACCCGUGUCAAUCGGAGGUCGAAAAUUACGUUGAAAGACAAUCGCGUCUCUGCCCUUUGUUUAUUCUUCGCUUCUAUAACCGUCUCAUCUUCCUUCAUCUUCUCGGUUUUCCAUCAGAAGAAAAGGGGAGCAAAGGCAAGAGCUGUAUUACAUGAAGCUUGGUGUGAAAAGCUUCAUAAUAACAGAAUCUUUAAAGAAGGACCCACGACUUCCUUCAGAUCUCAAAGGAGAAACCUUCCUCGCCUAGUUGAGUUUCUUGAGGUUGCUACUAAGCAACUAGUAUAG